CUAUUGUAAGUGGUCGUAUUUCAAAUACACGUUUUUGUUUUUAUGACAUAAACAACAGCAACUUUUAUUAUUCUGGAUGCCGGCGUUGCGGCUCCUGGGCCGAAGAUGGCUUUUCGCGUCCGACGAUCUAGUUUUUCCAUGUAUAGCCGAAAUUCCUGUUCGAAUAAUAUGGAUAGUAGUGUUUUCGAUUGUAGCGCGCGACGAUUUGCCGAUAUCGUGCGCGUUCGACACAUCCGCACGGCUGGACGUGAUUUUAAUGAUAGCGGUGCAAGCGUUAACCGUACUCGUGCUGGUCGCCCUAGCGCAGCAAUCGGCGCGAGGGUCCAUGACAGACGUGGACAAAAGGAAAUAUGUGGGUCCUCUGCUGCUAUGCAAAUUAUUUCUAAUGGUAGUGGAGAUAGUAACAAAUCUAUUGGGUAUGUGGUGGAUUUUCGUUGAUAGAAUCUCGUGCCGCUUGAACCCAAAUCCCGACGUGAUCAUGCAAAUUAUACUGAUCCUCAUGUGGAUACCUUUCAUCUUAACUUUCCUGGCUAUAUACCUAGCGUACGACCCGUUGGGCAACAUUGAGUAUGAAAAUAUACGCACGGAUGAGGAAAGGGAAUAUUAUAAUAAAAAAUUGAAAAAAAUAUGGGCGAGCAGAGUCCAGUGGACAUUCUGGUACUUUAAAGAUAAAAAAAUGAAAGAUGCAGUGAAUGAAAUGGCAGUUCUCCUGAGUGUUCUUUUCAGAUCUACGGACAUCGUUCUUUACGACAUGAUUGCUGGAUCAAUCUUAAUGAGAGUUCGGCAGAAGAGGGAUACUAGGAACCGACGUGCUAGCGACGCACUGGACGCAGUCGAUGAGGCAUAUACUACGGAUCUAAACGAAGUAUACAAAGAUGUGCCCAGCUGGAUGAACAUAGCAGACGCUUACCAUUACAUGAGGCUUGCCACCUCUUCAUAUGGUUGGACUUACGUGUUGUACAUGUUUUACUGCGCAGGUGUCUGUUUCUUGGCUCCGUAUUUGAGGUGCUGCUGUUAUCGGCCAAAGCAUGUGGAAGGGGACAAUUGUUGUAUGUGCAACUAUGCCGGACUAAAGUACUUAUCCGAUAAGACGGACAAGGACUUCAUUUAUGUUUCCUUCGUGAACCACAUAUACGAGGUACCAUUCAUGGUGGUGGCGGAACAUGACCGCAAGCGCAUCGUGGUGGCGAUACGUGGGUCGAACUCUUUGCACGACAUGUUCACUGACUUGACUGCCCCAUGUGAAAAGUUUGAAGCUGAAGGACUGCCAGCAAAUACUCUCGCCCAUAAAGGAAUGGUAUUGAGUACUGAGAAGACUCUAGAACGUGUCGCUCCGAUUCUAGAAAGUUCUUUCGCGGAGUAUCCAGAUUACGAACUUGUCAUCACAGGUCACAGUUUGGGGGCAGCUGUGUCAACAUUGCUCGGAGUAAAAUUAAAACAUAAAUACCCACAUCUCAAAGUCUACGCGUUUUCAGCACCAUCUGGACUGUUGACUCGCGAGGCGGCUCGUUACACGGAAAAUUUCGUGAUGACCGUAGGAGUCGGAGACGAUCUAGUUAUGAGGCUUAGCCUCAAGAGUAUGCAGGCUUUUCGCGAUAGAAUUAUAGAGACUAUACACAUAGCGAAAUUGCCAAAGUAUCGAAUUUUACUGAAAGGACUUCGUUAUAUGCUAUUUAAUAUACCCGACAGUGACUUAGAUUCCAUUUGGAAGCCCACUGAUAAUUUGGAGGCUCAGCUCGUGGGACCAGCCCGAUUGACGAGGACGAUCUCAUAUGAAUUGGAAAGAUUGCACAUAGCGGGCAGAAUCCUCCACAUCGUACGACAUAAACCAUUAGGCGUUGAAAGAAGUACUCGUAAGGAACCCAAGUACAAGGUGCGGUGGGCAACGGCGGAAGACUUCAACGAACUAGUAGUGAUGCCACGCAUGCUCAUCGAUCACAUGCCGGAAAGCGUUCUAGAACCAAUCAAGGUUGUUCUAGAAGAAUGUCCGCUGAGCCAGGACACUGUUAAUUCUUGUUCAGAGCUAACUCGCUAACUUCAGUUUUGCAUUAAAGUCCAUCCAUACAACCCCAACUUACGUUUGCACAACGUGAUUGCACAUGCGAAGUUUGUUCGAAACGUAACGUUGGUUUUUAUUUGGCUCGAAAAUUGGUGCUAUGUGGACGAUAGGAGUUGUAGGUACUUUUGUGUAUGCAACAGUUUGCACAGCACAAGUUUCAUUCGUUUCAACCGGCUACGUAUAGAAUAUGUUUAAUUGUUUAUAAUUUGCAAAUAAUGUAAGUGAAAAUGGAAUUUUUGUAUACUUAAGUGAGCACGCAACGAUUUUUUCUGUAAGUAUGUACCUUAUUACUUAGCAAGUAAAUCGCAUACAAAGAUCUGUGAUAAGUUUUAAUUAAGUCAAAGGUAUUUAUUCCUAAAUCAUCUGCAAUGGAAAAACAACAAUAAGUAUGCCACAUACAAAUACUAUUCUCUAAACGAGUAUAGUGACGAUUGAAAAUAUUUAUACAAUUGUUCAAAUCAUUCUAGUGCCUUGUUGUGCUUACAAUAUUGAGUUGAGUAGAAUAUACUAAGUUGAAAAAUAUAUCAUUACUGUACUGUACAUAUUUUACUGUCAAAGGAGAGUACCGUUUUUACCGAAUUUUUACAAAAUUUGUUUUUUUUUUAUUGUAACGCGAUGAUUAUAUACAACAAAGAAGACUUUGAUGUAAUAUAUUUCUAGACCAUGACCUUUAUGACGAAGAAUUUAAGGUUGAGCUUUUCUGCGUAAUUUAAUAAUUAUUUUUUUUAUUCAACUUCACCACCUCAGCAAUAAAGGUCAUCUGCAGACUGAAUAACAAUGGCGAAAGCGUGCUUAGGAAAACAAUUUCACUUAUAUGUAUAAUGAUUGUUUACGAGAAAAGGGUGUAUAAAAUAAUUACGUAUAAGUACUGUGUAUGAUGUACACAUUUUGUUGUAAUACAAUACAUAGAAUUGGCUGUGGAAAUUCAAAUAUAGGUUAUGAUUUAAUGUCACAUUAUUAAUAAUGAGCGCAUUUAUAAACAUUUAUUGUAUAUUUAUUUCAGAUCUUAACCCAUUAAACACAUUUACUUACAACACAUUA